CGCGCGCGCGGGAAUUAUGCGAAGAAUGUUUUGACGGUGAUCUUGCUUCCAACAGAGGUGAUCGUCAAUUCAAUAUCAUCAGCUAAAUAUCUGUUUUCUGGUAGAAGCGGAAUUCCCGACGUGCUGAAGUGCUUCUCUGUUAAAGAAGGAAUUAGCACACUUUUAAUGACCGGACUUAUUUGAGCUCUCAAUUCAAGGACAAAGUUGCAGAAGCUGACAAACUCAACUGUUUCUGGACUGUUCAUAAUCGAGCUGCUCAUCACUGUGACUGUGUCUCCAAAUACUCCAAAAGACUCCAGCUCCAGCCAGGCAUUAACCACCAAAGAAACACAUCGGCACCAAUCCACUAAGGCACUAGACCUAGGUGUCAUCUAAAUUUCCAAUUACAUCUGUGUUCCACCAGCAUUGUUUAGCAGACAUCCAUCAUGCCAAGAAUCGACAGUGACAUCAAGCUGGACUUCAAAGAUGUGCUUGUUCGCCCAAAGAGGAGCACAUUGAAGAGCCGAUCAGAGGUGGAGCUUCAAGAUAAAGUAAAUUUGACGAGGAAUUACACCUUCAGGAAUUCCAAGAAGACGUAUGAGGGCAUCCCUAUCAUGGCAGCUAACAUGGACACUGUGGGAAACUUUGAGAUGGCCAAAGCUCUUGCUAGUCAUGGUCUGUUUUCCUGCAUCCACAAACAUUAUACUGUGCAAGAUUGGGUUGACUUUGCUAACAACAAUCCAGAGGCAUUAAAGCAUGUAGCAGUUAGUUCUGGAACAUCACAGAAGGAGGCAGACAAAGUGGCCGAGAUCAUCGCUGCUAUACCAGCCAUUCAAUUCAUCUGUCUUGAUGUUGCUAAUGGCUACUCAGAAGUCUUCGUACAAACUGUCAAAGAAUUCAGACGAAACUUUCCAGAGCAUACCAUUUUCGCUGGUAAUGUAGUAACAGGUGAGAUGGUUGAAGAACUGCUCUUAGCUGGAGCUGACAUCAUCAAGGUGGGAAUCGGACCAGGUUCCGUGUGUACCACCAGGAAGAAGGCCGGUGUAGGUUACCCUCAGCUGAGUGCUGUCAUUGAGUGUGCAGAUGCAGCUCAUGGGCUCAACGGACAUAUCAUAUCAGAUGGUGGAUGUACAUGUCCUGGUGAUGUCGUCAAAGCUUUUGGUGCUGGAUCAGACUUUGUGAUGCUUGGAGGAAUGUUCUCAGGUCAUGACCAGACAGAAGGUGAAGUGAUUGAACGCAACGGCAAGAGGAUGAAACUCUUCUAUGGGAUGAGCUCUGCUACGGCUAUGAAUAAACAUGUCGGAGGAGUGGCUAACUACAGAGCUAGUGAAGGGAAGACUGUUGAGGUUCCAUACAAGGGAGAUGUAAACUGCACUAUCUUGGAUAUCUUGGGAGGUUUGCGCUCUGCUUGUACAUAUGUCGGAGCGAGUAAGCUGAAGGAACUCAGUCGCCGUACAACGUUUAUCCGAGUCACACAACAAACCAAUGAUAUAUUUGGGCAUUCCUAAGAAACCUGGAUGGACGCAAUAGGUCCAUGCUCAUUGAUUUCUCUACAGUGAGAAAUCCAUGUAUGUGUAGGGUACACAUUAUCAACCCUUAUGCCUCCGUCACACCUUUGCGUAUUUGGCUUGCGUAUUGCUGCUUUUUUAUGGCAAGCCGUUUGAACAUUUAUUCCUAUUUCUUGAUAUAAAGAAAUGAUUUUCUGUUGUAAAGCAAUGGUAAUUCUUGACAUCAAGAAUUGGACUCUUGAUACCAAGAAUUUGAUUUCUUGAUAUCAAGAAAUAGGAAUAAAUGCUAAAACGGCUUGCCAUAAAAAUGCAACAAUACGCAAGCCAAAUACGCAAAGGUGUGACUGAGGCAUUAAGGCUUGUUCAGAUAUAUUGCAGAAAACUGCUGCAGAAAACAGCCAUGUUUUUUCAAACAUGUAGAAUGAAUGGUGACUGCGGAUAUUCACUGAGUAACUUACAAGAUAUAGAAAUGUAAAGUGACGUAUUACGCUUUAUUGCAUUAUUAAAAUAACGCUGUGGUUUUGCUGCAUCAUAUCCGAACCAGUCUAAACUUUCCCUACUUGUAAGAGUACAUAUAUACCCUCAUGCAUACAAAUAUGAAUACACAUGAAUAUAUUUUGGUUCAUAUCUACUUAUUACCAUCAACUGAAGAAGAAACAAAUUAAAGGCUAUUUUAAUGCAUUAUUGCCAAUGUAUGAAAAGUUUAUUGUCCGAAAUUCGAAAUGCAAACUGGUUCUCUCGUCAGAGAGGUUGCAUAAUACUAGUGCAGCCAAAAUGUUGUCCUGUUUACCACAAAUAUUUAAAGUUUCCUGACUUUCUCUGUUUUUAGUUACUAAUGUAUUCCAUUAUUCUUUCUCUGGUGUAAUAAUACAAAUCCAUACUUGUGUCACUAGUUUAACUUGGUAUUGGUCAAGGUAUUCAGAUUUAAAAUGCUUGUAGAAUUUGAGAACUUUUAAUCCUUGUACUUAUAUAAGACAAGCAUGUAUGGGUACGCCAUAGCCUAGAAAAGUAUCGAUAGAGAAAUGCGUAUUUGUAAGAAAACACUUGGGGAAAUCUUAUAAGACAACUGACUGUAUUCAUUCCUAUACUGUUGUGUGUGUCGUGUCCAUCAUUAUCUGUUAUUCACAAGAGAGAACCAUCUUUUGUUAUUGUGUAAAGCUAUGCGGUAGUGAUGAUGUGCUCCUGUACAGUUUAGUACAAAACAAAAUUGUGGGGGCCCUAUCAUGUACUAGAUCCCAGUUAGUGUCAAGCUCUGAAUAUAAUCUUUGCAACCAGGUGACUUAUAUUGGAGGGUUCUUUCCACUUUCUUUAAAAAAUUCAAUUUAAAAAACUGUCAUAUUGUAUUUGUAAUACACAAUUACUAGACCCACAUAUUUAUAUACCAUAAUGGAUAUAUUUUAGGAUGAAUAAGAUUUUGACAAACUCUUUCCUAGAUACCCUCUCAAGCUCUGUAUGUAGCUUCCAUUUGUUACAAAGAUGUUAGUUUUACGAAAUAUUCUUUGGCAUGUACAAAGUCCCAUUUCAGAAACAUGGGCUGCAUUUGUCAUCCAUUUUGUAUAUUAUAUUUUAUUUUAUUUAAGGAGUCUUUGAUGAUGACUUCCAUUCAAAAUUGAAUAAUCAUAGACUGGGCUCGACACUAAAAGGCACUCAGGAUACAUGGGUGGGUGAUCAAAAGCCAAGUCUGGACCUCAAACAUUUUGAAAUACUUUGAUAUAAGGCUGAUGCAUACAACUGUAAAAUGUUGACUGUCCCCUUUUCAAAAAAGUUUGUGUGGAGCCCUGCCAUAGACAAGUUUUUAUGCCUUGAUGAAAAAAUAAGCAGCUUUGAGGCUUUGAGCAGUACUUGUAAAAUGUAACCAUUUGUAUUUUAGUCAUUACAUAAAAGCUUGUUUGUAUGAUCAGCAUGCCCUAGUUAUAACUGAAAGCUGUGUUUUCAUGUGGAUGAGAAAUAAGUUUCAUGAAUGUUGUUGUUCAUAUAUAUUUUAAUUGAUUUGGAUGUGAUAUAUAUACUGCACAGUAAAUGAUAGGACUGGAUUGGGAAAUGAUUGAUACAAGAUUAAUGUCAUCCCAGUUUGUUUUUAAAAAAUCUUCAAUUUUUGUUGAAAAAUAUAUUACAUUCAAGAAAGUAUUUACAUUUCCAUGGUACAGUGUAUUAGUUUUAUUUGCAUAUUUCCUCCCGUCCAUAUUUGGUUAGACUUUGAAACCCUAUUUAACUGUACUUUGAUUUUCAUAUUUCUUUUGGGAAGUUUGCCUUUUACCUACUAUUUAUCAUAUUUAUUUUAUUUAAUAACUUCAUUUUUAUUAUUAUUAUAUAUUUUUAUUUCAUUUUUUAUUAUUUUUUAGGGGGAGGGGCUUCUUUGUUGUACCACGUUUGAAUUUUUAACCACAGUUCUUAGCAUAGUUUUUAAUGUGAUUUUAGAUUGAUUUUUUUUUUACACAUAGAUUAGAGUGUUUAUUUUUGACUGGUUGUAUUUGCAGUCAGAGAAUGCAGGCUUUUGAUUUUGAUUCUCUUAUUGAUAUCGAUUUAAAGAUUUUAAACUUCAAAUGAAGAAGAAAAAAAUCAGUUGAUGGGCAGCUGAUGUGAUUUUAGCUUGUAAGUAUAGAUACAAAGUUUAUUUUUGAGCUUUGUAGAAAUAUAUUUGGCAUUGUGUGAUGAAGGUUCAGAGUUUUUAUAAUUCUUUUUUGUUAUGAUUAUUUUUCUGAUUCAAUAUCUCUUUCAAUAUAAAUACUUCCAAUUGCCUGGAAAACUAACAGUUUGAUAUAUUUUUGCAAAUCUAAAUAUAGCUUGAUAUUUAGUAUAAUUGCUGAAGUGGCAUUGUCUAUUGUCUGUGUAACAAAGCAAGUAUUCGUUAUUAUAUUAUUCUUUGUGGUUUGGAAAAUGUUUUCACCCCGAUACAAUGAAAUUAUUGUAUACAUUAUACAGUUUUGUUUGCGAACUUUGUUUCACUAUCCCACCAGUAUUGUGCUGUGAUGACGGUGAAUAAUAAAAAUGGAAAUGUAGUGAAA